AUGUGUGCCAAGAAGUCCCAAAAACCUAAGAAAUCAAAUAUGAUUUGUGGAGUUUGUGGCGAUACAGCUAUCGCCCGUAAUUUUGGUGCAAUAGCCUGCGAGCCGUGUAAAGCAUUUUUUAGACGAUAUGCAUUUAAACAAAGGUGGCUCAUUUGUGCCACAUAUGGCAAAUGUAAUAUAACUGUCAACACUAGAAGUUAUUGUAAAAAGUGCAGAAUUGAGAAAUGUUUUUCUAUUGGCAUGAGAAAGGAAAUCAUUAGGACUGAAGAGGAAAGACAGAGCAAAAGACUUUUGAUUGAAGAAAAUCGUCUUAAGAAACAAAAACUUAAUGAAUGUUCAGAUUCUGUGGACUCGACCUUUAAUUCUUACCCGGGAUAUCUAUAA